AUGGCUACAUCUGCGGAGACGAUCGAGAGGGCCUUCGCUGCGAAAGCCACGCUCAUGGUUUAUAUGGGACACACAAAUUGCAUCGGGCACUCCAUCUCCUGGACGAGAAACGAGACUCUGUCUAAGAUCACCAAAGACGGUACUACUGCUAUGUUCAUCAGUAGUAGUCCUCUCUUGAAAGAGAUCUGUAGGCUUAAUUAUGAAUUAGGCCAGAUUAUGGUAGGAUCUAGCGCAAACUUGUCGGGUGGGGGACAGAAGUUCCGCGUCGAGGAUAUCGAAGAUGAGGUCAAAGAGGCCGCGGAUUUGAUUGUCGAUUAA